CUCCAAGACAUGGCUGCAGCUUCCUAGGGAGGAGCCCAGGGGCAUCUCCAACACUCAGCCUUUCCCUCCGGACCCUUUUAAAAGAUUCUACAGCACCAUCUCUCUCCACUUCCAUCCUAGAAAGCAGAAUCUGCAAAGUGCCUUUUGUAAAGUUUCUUAAGGUACCCAUCCCAGCCAAAAUGAAUCCCAGGGAAGAAAAAGUAAAAAUAAUUACAGAGGAGUUCAUUGAAAAUGAUGAGGAUGCAGACAUGGGAGGACAGAAGAGGAACUCAAAGGUUCGAAGACAGCCAAGAAAGAAACAGCCACCAACUGCUGUCCCCAAGGAAAUGGUGUCCAAAGAGUCCCACUUUGGCAACCAGCCGGAGCCUGUGCAGGAGGAGCCCAAGACCCACCUCCUGAGCAUGACAGUCCGGAGAGGCCCACGGAGCUUACCUCCAAUUCCUUCAACUUCCAGAACAGGCUUUGCAGAAUUUUCCAUGAGGGGACGCAUGAGGGAGAAAUUGCAGGCUGCGAGGUCCAAAGCAGAAAGUGCAUUGCUGCAGGAAAUCCCCACUCCUCGGCCCAGGCGCUUACGAAGUCCCAGUAAGAAAGAACUGGAGACCGAAUUUGGCACAGAGCCAGGGAAAGAGGUAGAAAGGACUCAACAAGAAAUUGAUUCCCAAAGUUAUUCAAGAGUCAAGUUCCAUGAUUCUGCACGAAAAAUCAAGCCUAAACCCCAGGUUCCACCUGGCUUCCCUUCUCCAGAAGAGGCCUACAACUUCUUUACUUUCAACUUUGAUCACGAACCAGAAGAAUCAGAGGAAAAGCCAAAAGCAAGACAUAGAGCGGGAACUAAUCAAGGGGAGGAGGAAGGGGAAGAAGAAGAACCAACUGCACGAGGAAGAGGAAAGGAAAUGGAUGAGGAAGAACUGCUUAAUGGUGACGAUGCCGAGGACUUCCUAUUGGGCUUAGAUCACAUGGCUGACGAUUUUGUAGCAGUCAGACCUGCAGAUUAUGAAAGCAUUCAUGAUCGGCUGCAGAUGGAAACAGAAAUGCUCUUCAUACCCAGUAGGCAGACAGUCCCUACAUAUAAAAAGCUUCCUGAGAAUGUACAGCCCAGGUUCCUGGAAGAUGAAGGCCUUUACACUGGGGUAAGACCAGAGGUGGCACGCACCAAUCAGAACAUCAUGGAGAACAGAUUGCUGAUGCAGGAUCCCGAAAGAAGAUGGUUUGGAGAUGACGGUAGGAUCCUAGCUCUGCCAAACCCCAUCAAGCCAUUUCCUUCAAGGCGGCCAGUACUAACACAGGAGCAGAGCAUUAAGGCAGAGCUUGAAACACUGUAUAAAAAGGCAGUAAAGUAUGUUCACAGUAGUCAGCAUAUGAUCAGAUCUGGAGACCCUCCUGGAAAUUUCCAACUGGACAUUGAUAUUUCGGGGUUAAUCUUCACUCAUCAUCCCUGUUUUAGCCGAGAGCAUGUUUUGGCAGCCAAGCUGGCCCAGUUACAUGACCAGUACCUUGCAAGACACCAGAGAAACAAGGCAAAAUUUCUUACUGAUAAGCUCCAAGCUCUAAGAAAUGCUGUUCAGACUGGUAUUGAUCCAGAAAAACCUCAUUCGUCCCUUGAUACCAUCCAAAAAACCAUCAAUGAGUAUAAAUCUGAAAUUCGACAAACGAGAAAAUUCCGUGAUGCUGAACAAGAAAAAGAUCGAACAUUGCUUAAGACCAUCAUAAAAGUUUGGAAAGAGAUGAAAUCCCUUCGAGAGUUCCAGAGAUUUACAAAUACUCCCUUGAAACUUGUUUUGAGAAAGGAAAAAGCUGACCAGAAAGCAGAUGAAGAAGCAUAUGAAGCAGAAAUUCAAGCUGAAAUAAGUGAACUGUUAGAAGAGCAUACGGAGGAGUACGCACAGAAGAUGGAAGAGUACAGAACAUCGUUACACCAGUGGAAGGCCUGGAGGAAAGCGCAAAGGGCCAAAAAGAAGAAAAGGAAACAAGCAGCAGAAGAUCAUCCCGAUGAUGAGAUUGAGGAGCCGCACCCUGAGGAGGACUUUGUGAAGCCCACCCCUCCGGAGCCCACUAAUCGGGCAGUGAUAGAGCAGGAGGUGAGGGAGAGAGCAGCCCAGAGCAGGAGGAGGCCUUGGGAGCCCACGCUGGUUCCAGAGCUAAGCCUGGCGGGAAGUGUAACACCCAAUGAUCAGUGCCCCAGAGCGGAGGUCUCGAGAAGGGAGGAUGUAAAGAAGCGCUCAGUGUACUUAAAAGUGCUCUUCAACAACAAGGAGGUGUCCAGGACAGUCAGUCGGCCACUAGGAGCAGACUUCCGAGUUCACUUUGGGCAGAUUUUCAAUUUGCAAAUAGUCAACUGGCCGCAGAGUUUAACACUUCAGGUCUAUGAAACUAUUGGACACAGUAGUCCCACCUUGCUAGCUGAAGUGUUUCUGCCUAUUCCUGAGACUACUGUUGUCACUGGAAGGGCUCCUAUUGAAGAAGUGGAGUUUAGCAGUAAUCAGCAUGUGACACUGGACCACGAGGGAGUUGGAAGUGGAGUGCCCUUCUCAUUUGAAGCUGAUGGCAGUAACCAGCUGAUUCUGAUGACCUCAGGGAAAGUGUCUCAUAGUGUGGCAUGGGCCAUCGGAGAAAACGGGAUACCUUUAAUUCCUCCACUGUCACAGCAGAACAUCGGAUUUCGGAGUGCUUUGAAGAGAGCAGAUGCCAUCUCAUCUAUUGGCACAUCAGGACUGACGGACAUGAAAAAGUUGGCCAAGUGGGCAGCAGAGUCCAAGCUCGACCCAAAUGACCCCAACAAUGCCCCUUUGAUGCAGCUAAUCUCGGUUGCUACCAGUGGUGAAUCCUAUGUCCCUGAUUUCUUUAGACUGGAGCAGCUGCAACAGGAAUUUAACUUUGUUUCAGAUCAAGAAUUAAAUAGAUCCAAACGAUUUAGGCUUCUUCGUCUUAGAAGCCAAAAGGUGCCAGAAUUCCGAAAUUAUAAGCAAGUUCCAGUCUAUGACCGAGAAAUUAUGGAAAAGGUAUUCCAGGACUAUGAGAAACGGUUACGAGACAGAAGUGUAAUUGAAACCAAGGAACACAUAGACACCCAUAGGGCCAUAGUAGCCAAGUACCUCCAGCAGGUUAGAGAAUCAGUGAUAAAUCGUUUCUUAAUUGCAAAACAGUAUUUUCUUCUUGCUGAUAUGAUAGUAGAAGAAGAAGUUCCCAAUAUCAGCAUUUUGGGCCUAAGCCUUUUCAAGCUGGCAGAACAAAAGCGACCACUGCGGCCAAGGAGAAAAGGUCGGAAGAAGGUGACAGCUCAAAACCUGUCUGAUGGAGACAUAAAGCUGCUGGUGAACAUUGUCCGAGCUUAUGAUAUUCCAGUGAGGAAGCCGGCAAUGAGCAAAUUCCAGCAGCCGUCAAAGUCUUCAAGGAUGUUCAGUGAAAAGCGUGCUGCUUCCCCAAGCACACAUAGCCCAACCCACAAUGCUGCCUACCCCCUUGGCCAGGUUUUAGUACGUCCCUUUGUAGAAGUCUCUUUUCAACGAACAGUUUGCCAUACAACUACGGCUGAAGGACCAAACCCCAGCUGGAAUGAAGAACUAGAACUUCCAUUUAGGGCUCCUAAUGGAGAUUAUAGCACAGCCAGUCUGCAGUCAGUGAAAGACACUGUGUUCAUUAACAUUUUUGAUGAAGUACUGCAUGAUGUCUUAGAGGAUGACCGUGAAAGAGGAAGUGGAAUCCAUACCCGUAUUGAGAGACACUGGCUGGGAUGUGUGAAAAUUCCAUUUAGCACAAUAUAUUUCCAAGCAAGGAUUGAUGGAACAUUUAAAAUAGAUAUUCCCCCAGUUCUUCUGGGCUACAGUAAGGAGCGAAAUAUGAUUCUUGAGCGGGGUUUUGAUUCUGUCCGAAGCUUAAGUGAAGGCUCCUACAUUACCCUCUUUAUUACCAUUGAGCCCCAGCUGGUUCCCGGAGAGUCCAUUCGAGAAAAGUUUGAGUCUCAGGAAGAUGAGAAAUUACUUCAAGCAACUGAGAAAUUUCAAGCUGAAUGUGCCUUAAAGUUUCCAAAUCGUCAGUGUCUUACAACAGUAAUUGAUAUAAGUGGAAAAACUGUUUUUAUCACACGUUACCUCAAACCUUUAAACCCUCCUCAGGAGCUCCUUAAUGUCUACCCCAAUAAUCUACAGGCAACUGCAGAACUGGUGGCUCGAUACGUGUCCUUGAUUCCCUUCUUGCCUGACACUGUCUCAUUUGGUGGUAUCUGUGACCUCUGGAGCACAUCUGAUCAAUUUCUUGAUCUCCUGGCAGGGGAUGAAGAAGAACAUGCAGUACUAUUGUGUAAUUACUUUCUGUCUCUGGGUAAGAAGGCCUGGCUGUUGAUGGGCAAUGCUAUUCCUGAGGGUCCAACUGCCUAUGUGCUAACUUGGGAGCAAGGUCAUUAUUUAAUAUGGAAUCCCUGCAGUGGACAUUUUUAUGGACAAUUUGAUACAUUCUGUCCCUUGAAAAAUGUGGGCUGUUUAAUAGGUCCUGAUAAUAUUUGGUUUAAUAUUCAACGAUAUGAUUCUCCACUAAGGAUAAAUUUUGAUGUCACCAAGCCCAAGCUGUGGAAAUCUUUCUUUUCAAGAAGCCUUCCAUAUCCUGGCCUUUCCAGUGUUCAGCCUGAAGAGCUAAUUUACCAGCGCUCAGACAAAGCGGCUGCAGCUGAGCUACAAGACAGGAUUGAAAAAAUACUAAAAGAAAAAAUCAUGGACUGGAGGCCACGCCAUCUGACUCGGUGGAAUAGAUAUUGUACCUCUACUCUGCGUCACUUCUUGCCUCUGUUAGAAAAAAGUCAAGGAGAAGAUGUAGAAGAUGACCACAGAGCAGAACUGCUAAAGCAGCUGGGAGACUACAGGUUCUCUGGAUUUCCUCUUCACAUGCCUUAUUCUGAAGUGAAGCCUUUAAUUGACGCUGUGUAUAGUACUGGAGUACAUAAUAUUGAUGUUCCUAAUGUUGAAUUUGCUUUAGCUGUAUACAUACACCCAUACCCCAAAAAUGUUUUGUCUGUUUGGAUCUAUGUUGCCUCUCUUACAUGCAACAGGUAAUUUUUUUCACUGUACUUUUUGUAUCAUGUAAAAACUACACAGGAUAUGAGAAAAUUUAAAAUUAUAUGCAUCACAUCAGAAGAACAUAUUAUUGGCAAAUAAUAAAAUUAUCAUCUGUUUUCAAACUGUGCAAAGUGUUUUGUUUAGUAGUCUGCCUUGUCUCUGCUACUUGACCCUGAAAUUCAAU